AUGCCAUCAUCGCCGCGUCUCUUCUGGAAGGGCCGUGAGUCGGGUUCUCCUUUCCCAAGAAGCUCAGAGAACCAGACCCCCUACGACCCCGAAGCCUCAUUUUCUCCUUCCAAGCGCCCCUCCCUUGAAAACCUCAAGCGCGCUUCGAGGGUCAAAAACAACAACAUGUUCCGCGGUUACAACCAGGAGUACGACCCCGCAAAUGUAUAUGUUCCACAGAGACCCUUGGCCACCAGUCGCUCGCCGCAGAAGCAGGGAUUGAGUGCGCCCCCAGCCCGACAGUCUGACAUCCAAGACGGCAGCCAAAUCGGGCCCAGACCCCCAUCCCCGAGCAAGGACCAGGUCCCCCCAGCGAAGUCAUCCCUGUCUCGAGCGAGCCGCUUUGGUGCUAGAGAUGCAUUCGACCCCGAGAGCGAAAUCUGGUCCGAUAUCGAUGGGAGUCGGCAUGCCAAGAGCGUGACCUUCGACGCCGCGCCGCCACAGGUGAACGAGUACGAAAUGACUACGCCUGACCCGUCCUCCAUCGCCUCCGGGUCCCGUGAAGGAAGCUAUGAUUCGGAGGAAGACGAAGGCGACAUCAGUUUUGACCGUGAAUCCUCCCUCGAUCGGGACGACAGCUUUGAUGCCUCCUUAGAGGACCUCGAGAAGACCCCAGUGGUUUUGCCGGAAGAAUGGCGCUACAUGAGCCCCGCCAGUGCCAACGACGAUCUAGUGAAAGAGGACGAAGAUCCUUUCAGGGAGGACGACGAAAGCCACAGCCCCGACCCGCGACCGUCCUCCCACCAAGGCCCGCCUGUCCAGCAUUCCCGUGUCGAGUCGCUAGAUUCAAAUGGCGAGCGCCGCCCUCUCCCCCCUCUUCCCCCUACAAACCGUCCAUCGUUUGCCCAGCACGGUUCGUCCCCGGGGAAGUUGGCUGCAGCUUUCGAGCUGGGAAGCGGUGGUCAACGAGUUCUGCCAUCCCCUCCUGGCCCAGCCACGUACAGCAAGUCCGACAUUACUGACCGUGCUCGUGCGUCCAUGUCAUUGGAGGACAGGCUGCGUCUGAUGAUGAUCCAAGAAAACGAAAGAAAAAUCAAGGAUAAAGACGAUGCGGAUCCGCAAAUACCCAAGCCGGACGACGAGCACGAAGAAGAGGAGGAGGACUGCGAAACCCAGGACAAUGAUUCAACCCCGGGAGAGGCCACAGAAAGCUCAGAUGACGAGACGACCGAGGUAUUCUCACCUCCACGGAUUUCCAGGGAUUCCAUUCUCCGAGACCUCCGGAAGAGCGAGAGUUUCCUCGACGACUCUUUCGAGGACGUGUCUCAGAUUGAAUCGAGCCCUCACCAUUACAUGCAUUAUGACCCUGACGUCCCAAUCCCAUCCCUUGAGGAUGAUGAUGACGAGUACCACGAUGAAGAUGAUGAUGACCAGAGCAGCGUGGUGAUCAAGCCAGAAGAGCACGAUGACGAUCUUUAUGACAUACCGGAUUAUUAUGAAACGAUAAAAUCACAGAGCUCCUCCUCGAAAAGCCUGAAAGACCAUCUGGCCGGUGAAGAUGAGUCCCACCAACCAAGCCUACCUCUAGACGAAGAUAUGGCGCCGCAGAGCGGGUCGCAGGAGUCGGAAGAUAGGCAGCCAACACCCGUGCCCGAGGUGCGAGAGGAAGCUCCUGUCAAAGCGUCGAAAAAAGAACCAGAACCAGAACCCCAGGAGAACGAACUGUCUGCUCCAAAGAUGGCAGCUAUGAGGGAAGCACUGCAGCGACCAGCGACGCCAGAGAACCAUGACCAACUAUCAGAGCCCUCAACUCCCGAGUCCGUCAUUCGACAUCCUGUUGAUGAAGAGGUCAGCGAAGAUGAAGUUUCUGCAGACGAGGAUGUACCGGAUCCCAUUGCCACCGUCAAGGCUCCCGGAACAGGUUUGAAAACCCGUCCAUCACUGACGCCUGCCGAUCUGGAACAAAUGGCUGCCACCCGUCGCAAGGUCAGCGGGCAACUGCCUCCAUCCAUGCCACACCUAACCAAGCAGAAUUCAAAUGACUCGCAGGGCUCGCAAGCCUCGGAGGGCUCUGCCCCUGACGAACCUACCCCAGCCCAGCCCGCAAAGGAACCUACCCACAGGCAACCGAGUCUCAUGAAAUUGGAUAUUCCAUUCAGCAUCCAGGAAGAAGAGAGCCUUGGAUUCGGAUUGGACAAGGAGUUUGAUCGAGUCAUUGAGUCCCAAAAGGUGGCGUUUGAGCAAUCCCUAACCCAACUCCGAAACACUCCGUCCAUCACCUCCCCCCCGGAGCCCCCACACCAUGGACCAGGAGCCUAUCUUUUGAAUUCGGGAAAGUCGACUAACAAGCACAUCCAUAAACAGAGAGGCUAUCUCAUGCGACAUAACACGAAAGUCAUCAUCGCAAGCAGCCGCAACGAGGACGAAACUGCCCCAACCGCAGGGACACGCCCACCGCAGCCCGACCCGCACCAACGCCGCGCAAGCCUAGUCAACAGACAUGGACGACGCGGUAUGGUCCGCAAGAAGCCCGUGACGGGGCCUGUGCCGCCGCUUCCAGGCCAGCAGAGCAGCGUUCAGGAGCCCCCAGCGACCAUUGAGGAAUCCGAGCCUGCGUUGAACGGUGCCCUAGAAGAGGGCGAGGAGCGUGGCCGCCUCUUCGUCAAGGUAGUUGGAAUGAAAUAUCUCGACCUGCCUUUGCCUCGUGGCGAGAGAUCAUACUUUGCCCUAACAUUGGACAACGGUCUUCACUGCGUUACCACUGCUUGGCUGGAAUUGGGAAAGACCGCCCCCAUCGGCCAGGAAUUUGAGCUCAUCGUCCAGAAUGACCUUGAAUUCCAACUGACUCUUCAAAUGAAGGUGGAUGAGGAAAAGUUCCGCACACAGGAGCCUGCCCCUCCGGUAUCCUCCACGAAACAGAAAGCCUCGACCUUUAGUAAAAUGUUUGCUUCUCCCCGCAAACGCAAGGAGCUCGAUAUGAAGCAGCAACUUGUGUCGCAGCAAAACAAGGCUCGAGACGUCAACGCACCUGUGUGGGAGCGGCUCCGAACCCUCAUCGCUCGCGAUGGAAGCUUUGCCCGCGCCUAUGUUUCCCUCAGCGAUCACGAGAAGUAUGCCUUUGGUCGGCCCUACACGGUGGAUGUGGCAUGCUUCAACGAGUGGGCUGUGGAAGAGCAGCCAAGUAGUGUGAAGAGCAAGAAAAGUACCACAAGCACAUCAUCCCAGCGGCGGCCUCCCUACAAGAUCGGCAAGCUGGAGCUCCAGCUCCUGUUCGUGCCGAAACCUAAGGGCGCCAAGGACGAUGACAUGCCCAAGAGCAUGAAUGCAUGCAUUCGGGAGAUGCGUGAAGCUGAAAGUGUGUCCGCGCGCAGUUGGGAAGGAUUCCUGUCUCAACAAGGUGGUGAUUGUCCGUUCUGGCGUCGUCGCUACUUCAAGCUUCAAGGAUCCAAGUUGACUGCGUAUCACGAGACCACCCGCCAACCUCGCGCGACCAUCAACCUGUCCAAGGCCGUCAAACUGAUUGACGAUCGAUCUUCUCUGGUUCAGAAGGAAACCACAACACGGGGUGGUGGUCGUCGCAAGUCUGCGUUCGCCGAAGAGGAGGAAGGCUACAUGUUUGUCGAGGAAGGCUUCCGGAUCCGCUUCGGCAACGGCGAAGUGAUUGACUUCUACGCCGACAGCGCGGCCGACAAAGAUGGCUGGAUGAAGGUGCUGGCGGACGCCGUCGGCAAGGGCUCCUCUGGAAGCAGCCAAGUCAAGGCCUGGACCGAGGCGGUUCUCAAGCGGGAACGCAGCAUGAAGGUGAAGAGGGAGGCGACCGACCGGCCACUCAAUCCAGGCGCGCCUCCGCCGCCGCCGCCUGCCAAAGAUACCGCCAUUCCGAUGACCCCGACGGCGCCGGCGCCGCCUGUGGGUCGUCCUCGACACAAGCACACGCAGUCGCAGCCCGAAGUUCGCGGGGCGGACGCUCGCCGGCAGAAGACGCGCUCCCUGAUGUUCUAG